AUGACUUCACACGAUCGAUUUCCCGCACCAACAGACCCCCAAGCGGAGGAGCUAGACGCGGAUAUUGUUUCCAUUCGCGCAGAAAUUCAAAAGCUCCAGCGCCGCAAGCGCUUCCUCGCUUCAAGUCUCUUAGCCUCGGACCCCAUCCAGAAACUGCUCCGAAAGCCGACCACUUCAUUUCAUGACGAACCAACACUCCGACUCGAACCACCAUCGAAUAGCAUUCGGCGCAACAGCAUUUCCAUUCAAAGACCCUCGCCCACAGCACCGAAGGAGAAUCUGCUCGGGAUACGCAUCGAUGUAUGUACGCGGGGCGGGCGGUUUGCGAAACCGUAUUAUCUUUUGCUGAAACGGGAGCGCGCGCGGGGAGACCCGGAGAAGAGAUUCAAGGUCCAUCGGCAUACGGUGCCAGCAUUUAUAUCGCUUGCGAAGCUGCAGAGUGUUUAUCUUCCGUUUCCAGGGUCUGGGCACGAUCGAGAGGGCCAGGAGGACAGUGAAACUGACGAUGUGGAGCUAUCCAAGGCCUCGCAGAGGGCGAAGGGGGCGAGGAAGCAGGAUCUACAUGCGUUUGUGCGCGAGUUGCGCCGCGAGCUUGUGGCAUGGCACUUGCGGAGUGACGCGGUGGAGCUGUUGAGGGAGAAACUAGGGCUCAGUGAGGCUGAAUCGGAAGCUGCGGCUGUCCAGAGAUUGUCGCCGGAAAGCAAGGCUGGUGUUAUCUCUGUGACGGCAACUGCUGUCGAAGCGCGCUAUGUGCGUGUGGAGUGGGAGGACGGUCGUGUUGGGAGAUUCAAGUUGACUAAUUCGGGCAUCGUGGAACGUGCUGUCGUUAUUGGCGACAAGGGGGGGGUGAAACAGACCGAAGAUGCCAUGACUGGUGGGGGAGGGAGGGUUGAGACCCUUUUGGAUAGACUGAAGGAACAUGAUGGUUAA